CCGUCUCUCGCCCCCACCCAACCAUGCUCGCUGCUCGUUCGCUCCUCACCCGCCCCGCAGCGGUGGCGACGGCCCUGUCGCGGGCUAUGUCUGCCGCCUCGUCGGGACUCUGGAUUGGCAAGGAUACCAAGGUUAUGUGCCAGGGUAUGACUGGCAAGCAGGGUACCUUCCACACUGAACAGGCCAUUGCCUACGGCACCAACAUGGUGGCGGGGAUUUCCCCCUCCAAGGCCGGCACCACCCACCUCGGUGUCCCCGUCUUUGCCACCGUUGAGGAGGCCAAGAACGAGACUGGCGCUGACGCGUCGGUCAUCUACGUUCCGCCGCCGUUUGCGGCCGCGGCGAUCAUGGAGGCGCUCGAGGCUGAGGUCCCGCUCGUGGUGUGCAUCACCGAGGGCAUUCCCCAGCAGGACAUGGUCCGCGUCAAGGCGGCGCUCAUGUCGCAGGACAAGACGCGUCUGAUCGGCCCGAACUGCCCGGGCAUCAUCAAGCCCGACGAGUGCAAGAUCGGCAUCAUGCCGGGCCACAUCCACUCGGCCGGCCGCAUCGGUGUCGUGUCGCGCUCCGGCACCCUGACGUACGAGGCUGUGGCGCAGACGACGGCUGUCGGCCUGGGCCAGUCGAUCUGCGUCGGCAUUGGCGGUGACCCGUUCAACGGCACCAACUUUAUCGACUGCCUCGAGAUGUUCAACAACGACCCGUCGACCGAGGGCAUCAUCCUCAUCGGUGAGAUCGGCGGCGUGGCCGAGGAGGAGGCCGCGGCGUACAUCAAGGAGCAGAACAUCACCAAGCCCAUUGUCUCGUUCAUUGCCGGUGUCACUGCCCCGCCCGGCCGUCGCAUGGGUCAUGCUGGUGCCAUCAUCUCGGGCGGCAAGGGCGGCGCCGAGUCCAAGAUCGCGGCUCUCGAGGAUGCCGGUGCUGUCGUCACCCGCUCCCCGGCUGUCCUCGGCAAGACCAUGCACCAGGUCUUCAAGGAGCGUCUCCUGCUCUGAGCAUCCCGCUCCCCCCCCCCACCACCACCAAACCCCUACAGAUCCUGCUUCCAACCACCAGCAUGUACUCGAGAUGGCUUCAUGAGCUCAAUGCAAUGCGCCCGCAGCUUGUUCGUCUAGGAGGAGAGCGAGAAACGCUGCUUGAGGGCGGCCCAGAGCAUGGCCCUCUCAUGGGCGACGUUGGACAUCAUGCCCGAGUUCUCCUGGGCGCGGCGGAUGAGGUAGGGCAUGACCUCGUCGAUGGGCCCAUAGGGAACGUACUUGAAGGCACGGUAGCCCUUGGAGCCGAGGGUAAAGGUGAUGUAGUCG